AUGAGCUACCACCCCCCCGGUUGCGCAUGCGCGCCUAAAUCCUGCCCUCCUCCCCGCUGCAAAAAACGGCACCUGCAUUCUGGCAUUCAUGGUGACACAUUCACGGGCUCGGAGCGGCUGGGGAUGCGCAAGAAGCAGCAGAUGCAGGUGCACCAGGAAGCCGCCGCCGUCGCAGCCGCCAGCGUCCUGCACGCCCGCCACGGGAUGGCUGAGGCCCCCGCCAACGCCUCCAACGCCUGCUGCUUCUGCUGGUGCUGCUGCUGCAGUUGCUCCUGUUUAACUGUUCGAGGCGAAGACGAGACAAUCCAGAGGUCCGCUUGCGAUCGCAGGACGGAUGCUGCAAAUCACUGUGAAGACAGCCCCAAGCCCACACUGGAGGACGCUCGAUCUUGGACGACAUCCUUCGAGAAGGUGAUGAAGAGCCCGGCGGGGCGCGCCUGCUUCCGCCAGUUCCUGCGCACUGAGUUCAGCGAGGAGAACAUGAUGUUCUGGCUGGCCUGCGAGGAGCUGAAGAAGGAGACCAACAAGACAGUGGUGGAGGAGAAAGUCCGGCAAAUAUACGAGGACUUCAUCUCCAUCCUCUCGCUGAAGGAGGUCAGCCUGGACUCGCGCGUGCGUGACGUGAUCAAUCGCAACAUGCUGGAGCCCACCUCGCACACCUUCGACGACGCCCAGCAGCAGAUCUACACGCUGAUGCAGAGAGACUCCUACCCACGCUACAUCAACUCGGCCGCCUACACCGAUCUGCUCACGAGCCUGGAGGAUCCUCCGCCAACACCGCCGCCUCCAAAGCCAUAGAAGAUUCGCCGUUAGCUUUAAAAAUUUAAAAAAAAAAAAAAAGGCUGCACACAUCCCAAUGGAGUUUCGAUUGUGUGUCCCGCACCUAUGGCAAGCCCUCAAAUGUCUAUUUUUCUACAGUGCCAGGCACUUGAUAUUGCACUUUUCUACUUGUUUCCAGGAGGAAGGGGCGAACGUAUUUCGCUGUCCAUCACGAGCCUUAAAAAUAUAGGCAGGUUUUAUUUUGACACCCAUUUAGAAGACAGGGAGUGCCUUUGGGAUAAGAUCUUCUACACAUUUGACUUUGGUGCUUUUCAGCUCUUCUCCAGCUUAUACACUGUACCUGGAAAUGAUGACACAGAUCAUUUGUAUAUUCUCACAUAGAUAUACGAUAGACGACUAGAUAUAGCACUAUAAUUAUAUCUCCAGAUAGUGAUAAUAUACCGUCCGUAUAUUUGGAUACUGUGAUAUGCGUCAUUUUCUACAAGGAAAGACGAUGUGAAAACAUGUCCGCCGCUCAAGUUGUGUGUCAGGGCAAAUUUGUGUCAAAGUAGUUAAAUAAAAGCACAAUUAUGUUUUGAUGGUUAUAUUUUCAUUCCAUAUCGGUGAAGAGUUUUAAGACAGUCAUUUUAUUCAAUUUUUUGUUUCGUAAGAUUGCCUGGCCUAUAACGUAUAAUUUAACUCUCCUGUUAUGUUUGUUGCUAAGGAACAGCUUUCAUGUCCCAGAGUCAAGCUAACCCAAGGCAUGUUUGACUAUCCAAGUGUCUGGGGGGGGGGGGGG